AAGCAACAUUUCAAUCUGUGCGGAGCAAAAAUCUAAACAGACGCCACGGAGCGCAGUGAAGUUUUACCUAAAAUUAUUUAUGUUUUUUAAAGUGUUUGUCCAAAACGUUGCAAAAUUAUUCGACUGCGAUGGCUAAUGUCCCGUGUAAAAACCCACUGAAGUAUUGUCGUCUGUGUCUGUCCGAGGAUGAGGAACUGAUCUUGAUGGAAUCGGGCGACAAGUUGACCACAUCCAGCAAAUUGCUGCUGCAGAAGCUGUUCCUCUAUAUGAAGAUAACGUUCCACAACGAGCAAGACUACCCGAGUGCGAUUUGCUACAGUUGUUUGGAUCGGUUCGACAACUUUCACGAUUUCCGGCGAAUGGUGGUCCGGAACCACAAUGCGGUGAAGACGUUCCGUCGCCUGUUCGGAGAUCAGUAUGACGAGGAACCCACCACCAUGAUAGAGGUGAUUGAUGAUUCGCAGCAAGAGAUGGAAAUUAAGCAGGAAUUCGAAGCGGAGGAGUCCAAACUUGCUGAACAAAUAGAAAUUGAUUACAAGCCACCGAAGGAAGAAGUCAAAGAGGUGGACGUCUAUCACCUGGAUGGGGAUCUGAAGACCGUGGUGGUCAAAGAGGAAAGACUUUCGCCGGAGAAAUCGCUGCCAGCAACUCCUGAGAAGGAGCAAAGCCAGGAACCAAAGAGAUCUCCCCCCGUUACAAAUCUCAACGCGAAUAUCAGCAGGGUAACUGUCCUGAAACGUCCCCAAGGGAAAGUAUUGAACUUGGAGCAUGCCGAGAAGCGAGCCAAGGCGGCCAUUUUAUCCAGGUUUUCGGUGGUCAAAUGUUCACAUUGUCGCGCUGUCUUCCGAAACCGUGAGAAUUUGCUUAAACACGAGAGGGAUGAUCAUCAAAAUGUUACCGAACAUCUGUUGAACAAAAACGCUCCCUCAAAGUCUCUUCCGGUUAUAAAAACUAGGCAGAUUUCCAAGCCACUGCCACACUCUCCAGUAGCCCAGUUGUUCAAGUGUCCCCAUUGCAGCAGCAGUUUCAUUCAGAAGUCCAACUAUGAGCAGCACAUCAAAACAUGCAAGGCUGCUGCACUAUCGAAACUGAAUCCCCAAAUAGUUGUUAAACGAACCACGCCGGCUGCCAUGAACGAAGUUAUAAAAGCAGCCGUGGCCAAGAUUGGCAGAAACGUACAAGUCAAACCGGUUGAACUCGUCCAGGUGAAACAGGAGGAAACGGAAGACCAGCGCAUCCGGUGCCACUAUUGUCCCCUGACCUACAAGACAAAGUACUUCCUCAAGAAGCACAUGCUGGACGUGCACAAGAUCGACGACUACGAGAACGUGUUCUACUGCCACGUGUGCAAGCUGAACUACUCUUGUGACGAGGAUCUGCAGCUGCACAACCGGGCCAUCCAUCGGUUCCAGUGCAAGCAGUGCCUGGAGGACUUUAGGACUUGCAUGCACGCGCAAACGAACGACACCAGGACGAGCGAGAAUGGGAUCAUCAAUAAAGGUAUUUAAGGUUGAAGAGUAAGAACAGCCCCCAGUGCUAGUCGUAGGAAUGAUAGAGAAAGCCUUGUCUUUAUUGAGCAUGUUUUAGUCGUGUCGAACACCGUUUUAAUAUUUUUUUUUAAUAUUUUAAACAUUGUUCAAAUGUUAACGAAUGAUUUUUAAUUUGAAUAUAACGUACCCUUUAUAUUUAAAUAUACAUAUUCAAAUAUAGAUACUUCAGGUUGCAGUGAAGAUUCAUCAAAAAAGUUAAUGUCCAAAUAUAGGGUUUAAUACAUCAAUGUUAUUACCAUAGCUAAGUGAGCAUUUCAAGAAUACCUACCUGGUCUCUAAUUCAA